AUGGCGCGGUCGCCUAACCUGGACCUCUCUGUCAACAUGUGGCAGCUCGUCCUCCGUGCAGCGGCUUGUCUUGGGAUAAUAGGUAGUGGCCUCCCUCUCCCACCAUCCCCUCCCGCUCGGAGACUUCGCGGGCACUUCCUUCCGCGUCGCAAAUUAUUCCUCCUUAUAGAGGAAUGGAUUGACGAAUACGGUCCUCUAAUCACCAUUCGGUCAGGGCUUGAGAACGUCGUUGUCAUCGGCCGUUACAAAGCCGCGGUAGAUAUCAUGGAGAAUCAGGGCAAAUCACUAGCUGAUCGUCCUCGUACUGCUGGCGAAUUUUUGGGCGACGGAAUGGGCAUCCCCUUUGUACCCAAAUUUGGGGAAAAGUUUCGUCGCAUGCGUAGAGCACUUCAUACGCAUCUCCAGCCUAAAGCAGCUGAGGCUUAUCAGCCCAUGCAGAUGUCACACGCGAAGAACACUGUCCUCGACAUCCUUGAUGAUCCGUCCAACUUCGAGAACCAUCUGACAACUUAUGAUGCCACGACAACUAUGAAAGUCGCAUAUGGGAAGACUACGCCCACACUUGCAACUGAUCCUGAAGUCAUUGAGAUGAGCCAACUUAUCAGGACGACUGGUGCAGUCAUCCGCACUAGUGCUUAUCUGGUGAACACGAUCCCUUGGCUCAAAUACCUUCCUUGGUAUAGCCGAGACUUAAAACAGGGGUUUGAGAGGAGAAAGAACAUUUACAUGGGUCACCUGAACCGCGUGAAAGAGCAAAUGCAGAGCAAUGUAAACAUCUACCCUUCUUUCGCGAAAUAUAUGCUAGAGAGUAGCGAUAUCUUUGGUUUCACAGAGGCUGAAAUAGCCUCUCUUACUGGCGCCUUUUUUGGAACUGGACCGAAUACGAGUGCUGUGGCGCUAUGCACGGUGCUCAUGGCAGCCGCUUGUUUCCCGGAGGAGCAAGCUAUAGUUCAGGACCGAGCUCGAUGCGCGCCGACCUUCGCCGACCAAGAAUCUCUUCCCCGCCUGCACGCCUUCAUUUCUGAGGCUUUGAGAUGGAGACCCCUGGCUUCCAACGGAUUGGCUCACCUAGCAACCAAAGACGUGAUUUGGGAUAACUAUUGUAUUCCAGCGGGGACUACGGUAGUGGGCAAUCAUUGGGCUAUUUCUCGAGAUCCAGAAGUCUACCCCGAGCCUUACGCGUUCAAGCCCCAGCGCUGGAUUGAUGAACAAGGUCUCCUGAGAGACGAUCUAAAAUUCUUUGUCUACGGAUUUGGUCGGCGUGCAUGCCCCGGUCAACAUAUCGCGAACAGAUCGGUGUUCAUCAACUCGGCCCUUAUCCUUUGGGCCUUCCAGCUUGCUCUGGAUCCUACGAAGCCGUUGGAUGACAUGGGGUUCAUGAGCGGGCCGAGGCAACAACAGCCGUGCACAAUUGAGUUUGAGACAAGGAUACCGGAAACAGAGCUCAAGGGGAUGAUGCAGAAUUAUCCUGAGGUUGCAUGA